GAAUCCAACUGAUCACUGCAAAGUUUUCUGCUUGCACAAUAACAAGGAUGGCAAGAAGAUCUGGAGGAAGGCAUGUAUUUUUGCAGGCAUGUGAUAUUGUACUUGUGUUAUUCUGUAUUUUGAAAUUUACCAAAUCCUCUCCCCAAAUUAUUACAUUCUGAUCAUCAUAUACAUUUCUGUUACAUUAGGAUUACAGACAAGUUCUGUUCUGAAAUAAUUCUAAGAAAAGUUUUUGUAUUUUAUUUUCACAUUGAAAAGCAGACUUCCUUCAGCCUCCAAGAGUGUGUUCAUGUAAAAUUAAAUGAAUGCUAGCAGCAAAGCUUUGUUUUUCUAAAUGAGAAACGAAAAGAGUAGUCACCUGUUCCAGGAAGUAAGCAAGAAGAAUAGGGAAAAUGCUUUGCUUUUGGCAUUCAGAAGGCUGAGGCUGACCGAUAAAGCUGAGCUGCUGAUGUGAUGGGAACUGGAGAGGGUCUGGUGGGAAUGAGGAGAGAAUGGGAGAAGAACAGAGCAAGGGUAGCCUAACCUGGAACCUGAGGAAGGAAUGAAAGGAAAGCUGUGAGCUGAGGAGAGAAGCCUAGUUUGCUCACAGUCUCGGGGGAGGAGCUGUGGCGAUCUGAGACCAUGGUGUGGACUGAACUAGGUAACUAGAGUCCCAUGUAGUCAGGUUGUUUAGUCCUAGGUGAAUGAUACUUGCCGAUGUUAUUGUAAUCAUGUCCCUGCCUUGUGUCUGCUAGGCGAGAGCUCUACCACUACGCUACUAACCCAACCUUUGCUUUUUUUAUUUUGAGACAGUGUCUUGCCAAGCUACCUAGGCUGGCCUUGAUCCUCCUGUUCAGCCUCCUGAGCAGCUGAAAUUACAGGGAUUCAGGUCUCAUCUUUGCCUCUGAGAUCAUCUGAGUAACGUUGGUGAUGGGGAAGGGAAAGUAGAGAUGAGGCAUCCACAGGCAUCCUGCAUCUGAUCAUAUAAAUCUGGGAGGAGGAGAGAGGCACCUGCCUUCCAAGCUUGUUGAGCACAAGACUGAGCCACAAGUGAGAGACAUCGGAGAGAACAACCUUCACCUUCACCCCAAGUGACCAUGAGAGGUGCCAUGAAAGUCUCAGUCAUGCUUCUCCUGGUAACUGUGUCCGACUCUGCAGUGAUCACGGGGGCCUGUGAGUGGGAUGUCCAGUGUGGGGCAGGUACCUGCUGUGCCAUCAGCCUGUGGCUUCGGGGGCUGCGGAUGUGCACCCCGCGGGGACGUCAAGGAGAGGAGUGUCACCCGAGCAGCCACAAGGUCCCUUUCUUCCGGAAACGCCAGUACCACACCUGUCCUUGUUUGCCCAACCUGCUGUGCUCCCGGUUUCUGGAUGGCAGGUACCGCUGCUCCAUGGACUUGAAGAACAUCAACUUUUAAGAGCUUGUCUGCUCUCAGAACCGGACUACCCCUGAACUGCCAGACAGGCCCUGAAUGUGGCUUCUUUUGGACUAUGUGAUCAGCUUUCUCUAACUCCCUCAGUCCUACAGCACAUCCAAUCCCUCCUGCCCUGCACACAUUGCACCAGGUGUGCAACCUCUGGCCAUAAGAGCGGUCAGCCUGGUUGUCUUGACUGCUCAGGCUGCCUGAGAAACUGAAUGUGGAAAGGUCAUCACGGUCCUAUGCAGGCAGCUCGCUCUCCUCCCUGGGCCCUGCCCCUCACUUGCAUGAGCCCUGCCCCUGAACCAGGCAUUCCUGAGCACAGGUUUUUGGUUGCAUUUCUUCAUCACAUGGAGUCUGGGAAGACCAAACUGAAAGUUGCCCAUCUUCCUUUAGCUGAUAGCUCCUUAUGUUUGUAUCUCAGGCCUGAGGGACCUGCUCCCAGAGGGCAGAGAGCAGUCACUCUGAACUGGUGUGGGGAGCUGGAACCAUCAGGCAGCCUCCUGACAGCUCCAGUUGCAGCCAGCUUGUGGCCUAAAGCACCUCCUAAAGCACCUCCCUGACACCCUUUGCCAAUUUACCAGAGAAGCCCCCCAUCCUCAGUGACUCCAUUAAAACACAAAUGCUGGAGUUCAAUCUAAUCUGAUGUUGAUUGGUUAGAAGGCAAUUAGGCAGUUAUCUCAAGCAGCCCCUGGAAAGCAGAACUUGAGCAGGGCCCUCCCUGUCUGACUAGGAAAAAGUGAGCAGAAGCAGGAAGAAAGGGAGGGAGAAGAAGAGCAGCACCUAUGUACUUCAUCUUGGGAUAAAAGGAGGACAAAACCCAGGUGUGUAAGCAUGGUUCUCCGGCCUCUGCUUCAGCCAGGGUCCACACCUGUGUGGGGCCACGCUGUGUCCAGGUGGGGGAAGGAUGAAGCUGGUGUCCUUCUCCCAGCCAGCAAUAGUUUUGGAAUAGGUGGAUUUCAGGGUCUUUUUAAAAUGAGGGUUGAAAGGCAGCUCAAGGACUCUGCUAAGGGACUUUGAGCAGUUUAAGGCAGGAAGGGGGCUAUGAGCUGGUGGACUGGGAAACUGCUUAGCUGACUGUGAUGGUUAAUGCGGCACCGAGGAGCUUAGUAAAGCACACUUCCUGGUGUGUCUGAUAGGUCAGGGUAGCAUGAAUUUGGGGAUUAUGCCUGGCCCCUACUCUUUUUCCUCUGGCUUUUCCUGCCCCGUGCUUGUUAACAGCAGCUUUCUUCUGCCAUGUUCUACCAUUGAUGUUCCGUGUUGGAGCCAGCCUACCAUGGACUGAAACCUCUGAAACUAUAAAUAAACUUUUCUUCAUUUAA